GAUGGUACCGGGGUGAACAGGCCGUGGCAACAGUUUGGGGAAGGCCCUUUCCUGUUUCAGCAUGACAAUGCACACGUGCACAAAGCGAGGUCCAUAUAGAAAUGGUUUGUCGAGAUUGGUGUGUGGAAGAACUUGACUGUCCUGCACAGAGCACUGACCUCAACCCCAUCAAAUACCUUUGGGAUGAAUUGGAACACCGACGUCGAGCCAGGCCUAAUCACCCAACAUCAGAGCCCAACCUCACUAAUGCUCUUAGCAAGGCACCGCAGCAAUGUUCCAACAUCUAGUGGAAAGCCUUCCCAGAAGAGUGGAGGCUGUUAAAGCAGUAAAGGGGGGACCAACUCCGUAUUAAUGCCCAUGAUUUUGGAACAAGAUGUUCGACAAGCAGGUGUACACAUACCUUUGGUCAUGUAGUAUAACAGUUAGUGCCUACACAUCACAGUGACAUUUAGAUGUCACUCAUGAAAGAUAGCUACAAUCGAAGUACUGUUUUUGUGCACCUUCUCAACCAGUUGGGGGCGCUAACUGUUAAUAGAAACAGGAGUCACGCUAAAUACAACAAAGGCUCUAGCCUACAGCAGGUUUUCUCCACUCGCCCUUAUUGGGUAGAUUUGUCUUGAAGAUGACAACAACCAUGGUUAGGCCUGAAUCAAGAACUGGUACUUGAGCAUUAGCUGACCUUUCUUUUCCUUCGUUAGGCUGCCGCUUUACUUUUUUAGCUACUGAGUCAUUGGGCCUGACGCAUUACACCUGCCAUUUAAAAAAAUGAAACGUGUAAAAAGAAACACCUUUAUCGUGAAGAUGGUUGAGCUGGCCUGACUGAGGACCAGCCUUCCUUGUCACUGCCUGACACUCAUUUUCAAUGUGGGAUAGAAUUGACUGGCUGCUUCCAGGGCUCUUCCCAAGGGCCUGUCUGAUGAGGAGCAGCCAAGCCCCUCAGGAAGCUGCUGCAGCUAUGAUGUCAUCCUCACAUGGAGGGUGGGGGGAUGUGGAGGGAAAGUGAUGAGUGGAGGAUGGUGGUGGGGUAACAAUAUGGUAGUUGUUGUGACGGUGUAAGGUAGGCUACAUGAUUUUGCCAACAAUGGAGAGUUUCAUCCUUACCCUACAAGGUGAAAUUUGGCUAUUGUCAUGUGUCUCGCUGUGGGAGAAUUAUGGCUGGGAUUUCACUUGUAGUGUGUGCAGGGCUGUUCAAGUCAAUUAUUGGCUUACUCUCCCGGAUAACCAACUGAAACCCAUGUUAAACACAGCUUUUGACACGUCCCAGUUAUGAGUUUCACCCUGAUGCCUGUCCCCUGGUUGAAUGGGUAGAGGUAGAGACCAACCUCAGAGGCCUUACCUCACCUUAUCUGCACCGUUUGUUUAGAUGGGGGGAAAAAUACUUUUUGUGUGUGUUUAUAAAAAUGUUAGGUUUGACAAUGACGUAUGUUCGCUGUUUUGAACCCAUUCUGCUCAUCACAAGUGUGAUGCUCGCCCGAUUUAGUUUGUUAGAUACAGUAGUGGAAAGUGCCGUGGGUUUUGGAGCUGAAAUACAGUGUUGGAUACAUCUUGUCACAACAUUUUCCUCUUACUGCUGCAGUACCUAACCUUAGCAGGGACCUUGUGCUUCUCAUUAGUAGUGCUUUGGUUGACAAUCCUCAGGCUUUAUUAGGUGAAACUUCUGGAGAAUGGCCCACCUCCUCACAGUUACAUGUCGCCAUGUUACUAUAACCUGAUACUCCCAGUCUAUAUCUUUCCUGGAACAAUAACUGUUUUUAAGACAUUUACUGUGGUGAAACUAUCAUAAAGAAUGGCCACAUUCCCUCCAUUUAGUGGCGUUCACCUCUCUCAUAAAGCCAGGUGGGUCAUUCUCACGAAACUGAAUGAAUACAUUUUUCACUAAAUUUCCUCUUGAAACAUAUUAGGAUCUGUACUAAUCUGUACUAUUGUAUAAUUAUAGUUUUUUUUAUUGAGAUAUUAUGCAUUUUAACAACAUUUUCACAAAAGUCCAAAAAGUAGUGAACAAACCAAUAUUUAUAUAUUUUUUUACAUUGCUCCCCUAAUGAAAAUGAGUCAGUUAAACAUCACACUGAAAGUAUAAAUAUUUCAAAUUAAUGAUAUAAUUAUAAAGUUAAUCAGACUUUUUCCUCAAUUUGAGCUCUUUAGCCGUGUCGGUAAUGAGAAGGACAAGUGGAGUAAAGGGGGUGUUUAAGAAUAAUCAUUCUGAAGGCAUAUAAGCAAAUACAUUAACUUAACUUGUGUUCAUAUAAGGAUUACUCCUCUAGAUGAGGAAUCAUGGGUGAAUACAACUUUACAGUACAUUCGGAAAGUAUUCUGACCCCUUGACUUUUUCUAAAAUGGAUUGAAUCACCCCCCCCAAUCUACACACAAUACCCCAUAAUGACAAAGCAAAAACAGGUUUUUAGAAUAAAAAAAUUAACUGAUAUCACAUUUACAUAAGUAUUCAGACCCUUUACGCGGUACUUUGUUGAGGAGAUUACAGCAUUGAGUCUUCUUGGGUAUGACGUUACAAGCUUGGCACACCUGUAUUUGGGGAGUUUCUCCCAUUCUUCUCUGCAGGUCCUCUCAAGCUCUGUCAGAUUGGAUGGGGAGUGUCGCUGCACAGCUAUUUUCUUUACAGAGAUGCUUGAUUUGGUGUCCUUGGCCACUCAAGGACAUUCCGAGACUUGUCCCAAAGCCACUCCUGCGUUGUCUUGGCAGUGUUCUUAGGGCCGUUGUCCUGUUGGAAGGUGAACCUUCGCCCCAGUCUGAGGUCCUGAGUGCUCUAGAGCAGGUUUACAUCAAUGUGCUUUGCUCUGCUCAUCUUUCCCUCGAUCCUGACUAGUCUCCCAGUCCCUGCUGCUGAAACACCUCCCCACGGCAUGAUGAUAAUGCUGCCACCACCACCUCUGGAGCUCUGUCAGAGUGACCAUCGGGUUCAUGGUCACCUCUCUGACCAAGGCUCUUCUCCCCUGAUUGCUCAGUUAGGCCGGGCGGCCAGGUCUAGGAAGAGUCUUGGUGGUUACACACUCUUCCAUUUAAGAAUGAUGGAGGCCACUGUGUACUUGGGAACCUUCAAUGCUGCAGACAUUUUUUGGUACCCUUCCACAGGUCUGUGCCUCAACACAAUCCUGUCUCGGAGCUUUACGGACAAUUCCUUUCGACCUCAUUGCUUGGUUUUUGCUCAGACAUGCACUGUCAACUGUGGGACCUUUAUAUAUAGACAUGUGUGUGCCUUUUCAAAUCAUGUCCAAUCAAUUGAAUUUACCACAGGUGGACUCCAAUUAAGUUGUAGAAACAUCUCAAGAAUGAUCAAUGGAAACAGGAUGCACUCAAGCUAAAUUUGAAGUCUCAUAGCAACGGCUCUGAAUAUGUAAAAGUAUUUCUUUUUAUUUGUAAUGCAUUUGCAAAAAAUUCAAAAAACCUGUUUUCGCUUUGUCAUUAUGGGGUAUUGUGUGUAGAUUGACACUUAUUUAAUACAUUUUAGAAUAAGGCUGUACCAUUUUUUAAAUUUUUUUAAGAGAAGGGGUCUGAAUACUUUCCGAAUGCACUGUUUUAAAGUUUUGACAGGACCUUAAACUGUUAUGGUAAUGAGACCAACUACAGCAAUGUAUUUGGUGUUUUAUUCAAGUAUGUUAGGUUUUUCUAAAGAUUUAAUAUUUGAUUAAAAUAAUUGAAUCUUCCUUCUAACCCCCCCACAUUUUUUUUUUUUAUCUGAACCUGCACUUGGUUUGACCCCCUCCACCCCUAGUUCUGACUCUACUAAUAGCUACUUUAUUGAGGAAAAAUGUACUUUGUAUGCCUGUGAUAUGUGGUUGUCCCACCUUCAUCUUAAGAUGAAUGCACUAACUGUAAGUCGCUCUGGAUAAGAGCAUCUGCUAAAUUACUUAAAUGUAAAAAAAAAAAAAUCGAAAUAAAAGUGCAUGCUGUCUUUUUAAGACCUAAUGAUGUCGUUCAACACAAAUUGAGAGCAACAGGAGAGACGUGACUGAGGAGAGGGAGACUAAGUUAAUUAAUACAGUUUUUAGAAAUGACUGGUUUUUGGUGACAAUCCACUUUCAAAUCAGUAUAUUUUGCAUUAUGGUUUUUAUAUUAUCACAAACAAAGUACUAGAGUAGCGAACUGAUGUUAGCUUCAGCUGUAAGCUUGAAGCUACAGGUAUUUCCUUGCAUUGUAAAGGGUUCUAGCCUGUAAUGGACUUUUGUUUUGCGAACAGUAAUUAAGUGUGUUAGUUCCCCACUCAUGCUGCACAGAAGUUAACAUGAUGCAUCCCAGCCUCAGCCCAUAGUACAGGGAUUCCUUAGGACGAGCUAGUAAUGAGUAAGUGGAGCAGGCAUGGUGCCGGUGCUUUCACACUAUAUGGGGAUGUCUGCUGCGCCGAUAGACAGACUUGAUCCUCUCUCUAUCAGUAUAUGACACAUUUAAUAGAAGUACCGAAAGUAACACAUUCUAUAACCUAAAUGUUUUUCAUGUUCAAGUAUCGAAAAAGUACAGCAAUUUUGGUAUAAUUAACAGUAGUGUUGAUUUGUUGGGGCGUUGGUAGAGUUGUCUGUUCCAAGGUUAGCCUAGGUUAAAUACAUUUAUGUGAACAUUGAAACCUCAACAUUGUGUAUUAGACUAGAUGCACACUGAGUGUACAAAACAUUAGGAACACCUACUCUUUCCAUGACAGACUAACCAGGUGAAAGCUAUGAUCCCUUCCUUAUUGAUGUCACUUGUUAAAUCCACUUCAGUGUAGAUUGAGAGGAGACAGGUUAAAGAAUGAUUUUUAAGUCUAGAGACGAUUUGAGACAUGGAUUGUGUAUGUGUGCCAUUCAGAGGGUGAAUUGGCAAGACAAAAUAUUUAAGUGCCUUGAACGGGGUAUGGUCGUAGAUGCCAGGCGCACCAGUUUGAGUGUGUCAAGAACUGCAACGCUGCAGUUUUUUUCAUGCUCAACAGUUUUCUGUGUUUAUUAAGAAUGGUGCACCACCCAAAGGACAUCCAGCCAACUUUACACAACUGUGGGAAGCAUUGGAGUCAACAUGUGCCAGCAUCCCUGGCGAACGCUUUCGACACCUUGCCCAACGAAUUAAGCUGUUCUGAAGGCAAAUGGGGGUGCAACUCAAUAUUAGGAAGGACUUUGGGAGUGAUGAUGAGCGCCGGCUAAAUCAGAGCCUGAGCGAGAGCUUCUUCAUGGUGAAGGGUGCCGCCCUCUUCCUGCAGCAGGGCAGCAGUCCUCAGGACCAGAAAGCACAUCCCCACCACAAACAUGCAGGAGACUUACCUCAGCACCUGCAGGUGAUGAUCAACAUUCUUCGCUCGGAGGACCGAAUCAAACUGGCGGUGCGGUUGGAGAGUGCCUGGUCAGACAGAGUGCGUUACAUGGUGGUGGUGUACACCAGCGGACGACAGGACACAGAGGAGAACAUCCUGCUGGGUAUAGACUUCAGCGACAAGGACAGUAAAAGCUGCUCCGUUGGCAUGGUGCUGCCUCUGUGGAGUGACACCAAGAUCCAUCUGGAUGGAGAUGGGGGUUUCAGUGUGAACACAGUGAGCCGGAAUCAUGUCUUCAAACCUGUGUCUGUACAGGCCAUGUGGUCGGCUCUGCAGAUCCUCCACAAGGUGUGUGAGGUGUCCCGCAGGUACAACUACUUCCCCGGGGGCAUGGCCCUCACCUGGAUGGGUUACUAUGAGAGCUGCAUCGCCUCAGAGCAGAGCUGCAUCAAUGAGUGGAACGCCAUGAGAGACCUGGAGACCUUGCGGCCUGACUCUCCCACCAUGUUUGUCGACAGGCCCACAGAAAGGGAGCGGACAGAGUGCCUUAUCAAAGCCAAACUCCGUAGCAUCAUGAUGUUCCAGGACCUGGAGAACGUCACCUCUAAACAGAUCCGGACGGAGCUGGAGCAGCAUAUGAGCUGUAACCUGAUGCAGUACAAGGAGUUCAUCGACAACGAGAUGCUGCUGAUCCUGGGCCAGAUGGACAAGGCAACACUCAUAUUUGACCACCUCUAUCUGGGAUCUGAAUGGAAUGCCUCCAAUCUGGAAGAGCUUCAGGACACUGGGGUGGGCUAUAUCCUCAACGUCACCAGGGAGAUAGAUAACUUCUUCCCAGGAACAUUCUCCUACCACAACAUACGGGUCUAUGAUGAGGAGACUACAGACCUGCUGGCCCACUGGAACGAGACAUACAACUUCAUAGUUAAAGCAAAGAAGAACCACUCCAAGUGUCUGGUCCACUGUAAGAUGGGUGUCAGCCGCUCGGCCUCCACCGUUAUUGCUUACGCCAUGAAGGAGUAUGGUUGGUCACUGGAGAAGGCCUUCAACUUUGUCAAGCAGAAGAGAAGCAUCACACGGCCCAACACAGGCUUCAUGAGACAGCUGGCUGAGUAUGAGGGCAUCCUGGAUGCCAGUAAGCAGCGUCACAACAAGCUGUGGCGUCCUGACCGCCCCGACCCAGACUGUGACCUCCAUGAGGGACUGCAGGCCCAGUGCUGUGGGGGGGAGUACCCAGCGAACCGUACCCCUGAGCCGGGGAUGUCCCCCUGCUAUGAGGAGGCUCUUGAGGAGAAGGGGGCGGCAUGUCCCCUUUCCCCCUGCAGGAUGAUCAGUCUGGAGGUGGACCCCGCCUACAACAACUACUACUUCCGCAGGCUGUCUGACUCGGCCCUGGACAGUGACCCCUCCACGCCGGUGCGCGCUCCGCCCCUACUGGACAUGGAGCGGGUCUUCAUAGAGAUCGAGGACGUGGAGCGCGACGCCCUGCUGGAUGACGAGGCCUUUGAGGGGCGGGAGGGCCUGCCGCUGCCACACUUUGGGCUGGCUGGGGUGGGGACGGCGGCCCAGACCUCUUGCCGGGGACCAGAGCCCCUGGAAGAGCUGCGCCUGCGUCUGGAGUUCAGCACUGUAGAGGAGGAGGAUGAGGAGGAGGUUCAGAAAGAUGAAGCAGAGAUGGAGGCGUUAGCACAGCCAGGAGGAAGAGUGGGGAGUGCAGGAGGAGGUGAUGGAGAGGUGGAGAUGGUUCAGGAAGAGGAGGGAGAGAAGGAGGACAAUGGGCUGGACCUGGUAACCCUGAACCAGAACUCCAACAAUAACAACCACUUUAAUACCCUGUCCAGCCUCAAUGACACUGCUCCUUCCAAACCCGCUCACCCAGUCAAGCCUUCAGCCCUCUCGCGAUCAGACAACAAGCCCAGCCAUAACAUGGAUUCAUUGACCCAGGAUUCUGAUCUCUGCCUUAACCCCACACACCUCCCCAGUGUGCCCAGUGUCUUUGUGGAGGUCCCAAGUGCCACUCUCCCUCUCCCACUUACCUCCCCCGACACACCCUGUUCCCCCAGCCUGCUGCACCCCUGUGGCCCUCUGUGUGACUGUGCCAACUGUGCUGCUCUGCCCUCUACACCUCUGCCUGAUGCCCAGGACUCCCCCUGCUCUCUGACAUCUGAGGACAUUGCUGGUGAGGCCAAGGGUGAGGAAGGGAAGCUUUUAGGGGUCUCUGAGCCUCUCCCUGUCCCAGAGCUGCUGGGACUGAGCCUGGAGGAGAAGAGGCCGGCGGUGGCCUGCUACGUGGACCAGCAGCAGGAGACUCUAGUGCAGCUACAGAGGUCAGGGCUGGUCCGCCGAAGGGCAGAGAGGCUGGAGAGGCUGUCAGGUCUGUCCCAGGAGGGGCUUCAUUCCUUGGAGCCUCUAGACAGCCCCCACUCAGGAGCCAGAGAGGGUCCCAGUCCUGUGGAGGUAGAGUUCUCAGCCUUCCCAGAAGACUUCCCCAAGUCCUCCACACCAUGCCCAGUGCCCCUGGAGCUUCUGGUGGUUCCUCUGACUAACGAGGUCCUGCUGGGUGCAGUGGGGUCUGGGGGGCUGACGCCCAACUCUUCCCCCCAUGGCUCCACACUGACACGUAGCUCCAGCAGUGACAGCAUCCGCAGCGUCAGGGGCAAACCCGGCCUGGUGCGCCAGAGGGCUCAGGAGAUCGAGACCCGCAUGCGGCUGGCCGGCCUCACCGUGCCCUCAAGCCUCAAACGAUCCAACUCACUGGCCAAACUGGGCAGUCUCAACUUCUCGGCCGAAGACCUGUGCUCCGUCUGCUCCUCGGAUGCAGGCACCCUCCUGCUCCUCUCUCUUUCCCCAGAGCCAGGCCUAGAAUGGGAGUGCCCCUCCACCUCUUCCUCCGCCCAGCCCAGAGCACACAGGGACCAGACCACCCCAGAGAGAGCACUGUCCGGGGGUCCCAGGAGCUGACAGGAAGGAUGGAGGGACACUCCUCCACCCAUCCCUCCAUCCCCCACUCUGAGCUGGGGAGGGUCACACAGAUUUUGGAGAGGGGAGAGGGACAGUCUUAAAAAACAAAUGUGUAUAUAGAAUUAUACAUGUAUAAAUAAACAUUUGAAUAAUAUAAAUAUAUAUUAAUAUAAAUCCACAUCAUAUUUAAGGAAAAAUUAACAGAAUCCAAAUAUUAUACCAUAAUCCAGAUGGUAUCUUGGUUAAAGCCUGCUCGGUAUCUUGGUUAAAGGCUACUCGGUAUCUUGGUUAAAGGCUGUUCUUGCAUGGAGCGCAAUGAAUGUGUGUGCAAAGAUGAACCUCCUACAGAAGACCUGGUCUCCAUCAGGACUUAAAGUGGUUUUCAUGUCUGGUCCUCUGCCUUUCUAGCUGUCCAGAGAUCAGAGUUACAGCUUUAUCAUCAUCAUAAUCAGUAUUAUAUUAUCAUCAUCAUAAUCAUUAUCAUCACCAUCAUAUACCCUGCCUUUCACAAGCAGAUACAUUUUGUUUUUAAUCACAGACUUUAUCAUCACAAUUUGUUGUUUACUUUGCCAUUGGUUAAUGUUAAUUGUGGUGUAUUUUGAUGAAGUGCUGCCUUAGCCAGAGUUGAUCAUCAGAUGAUACUGAUUUUGCGCUAUCAUUGGGUAUAGUGCUCCCGAAGUUUCACCAUGUGCUGAAAACAAAGGGGAGAAGUGGGUGUAGUUGUCUGUGUUGUAUUUGUCACUGCUGUCUUGGGUUCAGUAAGCAGUAUGAGACGCACAUAGACUGUAAACUUGUCAUAACACAAACAGCACCAUUAAUUCGGUGUGCAUCAUGUAUUUUGGAGAGAUGUCGUGAUAGGUCAAAUGUAUGUGACAUCAUCAUAUCGGGUAUGCUAAAACAUUUUCUUCCUCUUGUCACCUCAGUGUUAAUGACAAUCCUUUACAGGUUAGAGGCUGUUACCAACGAUUUACAUUUACAUUUAAGUCAUUUAGCAGACGCUCUUAUCCAGAGCGACUUACAAAUUGGUGCUUUCACCUUAUGACAUCCAACGAUGUGAUAUUAGAAAUGUAUUUCAAAAAUCAUACAAGCAUAGAGUCUAGCUCCUCUGCUUCUGAGCCUGCAUUGUAUUUUGGUAUUUGCAUAAAAAAGUUGAUUAAUUUUAGAUGAGCCAAAUAUAUAUCAGAAAUCAUUUUCAAACAAUUCAAAUCCCAAAACAUAGAGUACAAAAACAAAAAGACCAUAGUCCCCUCCUGCAAGUACUGCAGUGUGAUUCCACUUCUGUAAGAAAAGUCAUUCCUUCAUCAUAGUCCCCUCCAUUUCUGACGCUUUCAUGGUAUAAUGUCCUCCAAGCUUCCAACAUGUCCCUGUGUCAAAACAUCCAGAUAUCAUUCCAAGAAUCUUCUGGGACCAUCCAACCUCUGUGACACCACGGUCAUGUGGUGCUUUUCAUUUUGUUCAAGUAGUUCUACAGAUCCCGCUCUUGUCAGGUGAGAAGUUCACAUGCUUUGUCAUAGAGAUCCUACAUCUCUACGGGCUGUAUGUUGUAUCUAUAUAGGAUCUCUACAGGCUGUAUGUUGUAUCUAUAUAGGAUCUCUAUGGGCUGUAUGUUGUAUCUAUAUAGGAUCUCUACGGGCUGUAUGUUGUAUCUAUAUAGGAUCUCUACAGGCUGUAUGUUGUACCUAUAUAGGAUCUCUACAGGCUGUAUGUUGUAUCUAUAUAGGAUCUCUACGGGCUGUAUGUUGUACCUAUAUAGGAUCUCUAUGGGCUGUAUGUUGUAUCUAUAUAGGAUCUCUACGGGCUGUAUGUUGUACCUAUAUAGGAUCUCUAUGGGCUGUAUGUUGUAUCUAUAUAGGAUCUCUACGGGCUGUAUGUUGUAUCUAUAUAGGAUCUCUACAGGCUGUAUGUUGUACCUAUAUAGGAUCUCUACAGGCUGUAUGUUGUAUCUAUAUAGGAUCUCUACGGGCUGUAUGUUGUAUCUAUAUAGGAUCUCUAUGGGCUGUAUGUUGUAUCUAUAUAGGAUCUCUAUGGGCUGUAUGUUGUAUCUAUAUAGGAUCUCUACAGGCUGUAUGUUGUACCUAUAUAGGAUCUCUAUGGGCUGUAUGUUGUACCUAUAUAGGAUCUCUACAGGCUGUAUGUUGUAUCUAUAUAGGAUCUCUACGGGCUGUAUGUUGUAUCUAUAUAGGAUCUCUAUGGGCUGUAUGUUGUACCUAUAUAGGAUCUCUAUGGGCUGUAUGUUGUACCUAUAUAGGAUCUCUACGGGCUGUAUGUUGUAUCUAUAUAGGAUCUCUACAGGCUGUAUGUUGUAUCUAUAUAGGAUCUCUAUGGGCUGUAUGUUGUAUGCAGGGUAGUCCGUAGUUGUCUGGUUUAUAGUCUUAAUAGGGUUGUCUCCUGAGCCCCCCAUACUGUACCUGGACUCUCACCUGAGAUUCAACAACAGUAGAGUACAUUGAGAAUGAUAUGAUGACACAGCCAAAGGGGCUGGAGAAAAGCCACUCCCUUUACAACAUCUUGCAGUUCCUUUCUACCCUCCCUUCCCAACAUGGAUUAGCCUGUGUCUAGGCCUGGAUUUACCCGUGUAGUUGUACAGGUCCUUUCUGAGACUGGCUACACUGAACGCUAAUCUUAUUAGGGGUUCAAGUAUCGAAGCUGAGAGAAACCCUGUUGUAUUUGUUGGCGUUCAUUGUUAUACCGGUUCUUUCCGCAAGGAAAAUGAACAUGCAAAUUCCUGUGUAAUGGUAAGGCUGAGGAGGGUACAACUUGGCAUGAUGGGAAAGGCCCAUAGUCCACACCGUCUCAUGCAAUGCCACGCCAGGGCCUCAUGGUGAAGCUAUAUCAAGUGCUUAAAAUUUCACAUUUUGAAAGGUCAUGCCCCUUAUCCCAUGUGACCUAGAGUCCUGAAAUUCAGUACACAGAUUUCUCUCCUCACAUGGAACAAAUUUUCGUCAAGAUCCCAUAAGGUCCGCUAUGAUGGAUUUUCUGCCAUUUAGAAUUUUUUGAAAAACACUUAAAUUAAAUCUCCUCUGGAACCACUGGGCCAAUCAGGUUGAAACUUGAUUUAUAGCAUCUAUGGACCAAGGUCUCUCAACGCAAUAUUUUCCUGGCUAGCAUCUGAAAGAACACGGACCAAUAAACAUUCAAGUGGGCGUGACCUGGCACAUAAAUGCAUAAAAAUCUGACACGGUUAUUCGUAUUGUAACAACUUGCUAUACAUGUUCAAAACCCUGUCUGGACUUAACGUAUGGAAGGACAUUUAGAUCGACCACACAGUGGCUAUAAUGGGCACAUAUUUAUAUCUCUUGAUCUGUUUGAGUUAGUCGUGAAAUUUGGCACACAUGCUCAGGGAGGCGAGUCUAGCUAACCUGUAGAGUAUGGUUCUAUUUGACCGCAUGGGGACGCUGUUGGACAUGAGAAAUAAUACAUGCGAGCUCAUUGGCUUAGCGGCCAUAUUGUUUGAGCUAGAGUCUUAUUUGAAGACGUGUCUAUAGAUGCUAAAUACCAAAUUUGGUGCUGAUCGGUUCAGCGGUUCUGGAGAAGAUGUUUAAAGUAGUCAACAUUUGAAAAGGUCCAAAAUACAUCAAAAGCAUGUUGCAUGAUCUGUUGGAUUGUGAGUUCUGAUAUUUGGAAAGCGUGGGAAGGAGUACAGAAGUGGCUCGCCCUAGGGUGACUUGUUUAAUUUGCUCUGGGGCCAUAGCUUGAACCCCGGCAUGGCUGCUAUAUGUUAAACUGCUCUCGGUCAGGUUUAUAAUUUGAGCAGGGAACUCACAGGAUUCCCCACCUCCGUAACUUAUUUAUGAUCCACAAUCCUUUAUUGCAUCUGAGAACUGAGUUGUGCUGCAUAAUUGAAUUUGUGAGCAGUUGCAUUAUGAGUUGUACAAAGUCUUCUUCAGGUUCCAGAGAACGUUUUUCUCUGAUCUUUCCUCUGAGGGUCACACCAUUCCUUAUGCAUGAAGUCACAAGAGCCAUGUGUCAUUUCACUUCCAUCAUUCUUCUUUCUCUCCCUCUUUCUGUAUCACUACUGCUGUCCUGAAAGUGUCCCGCUGACUAUUUCACAUUCUAUGUCACCCAAUUCAUUCCACUCAGCUUGUCUUCAUCCAUAAGUGAAAAGAAUAGAGGUUCUUUAUGCAACAUCUUGCUACUUUGCCAUAUGUUUUUUUACAAAAAUGUUGCAGUCAAAUAUUUUGUUUUGAAAUGAUUUUUAAAGUUCAGUAUUUGUGUUUGUGCAUGAGAGUGGUUACAUGGUUACUGUGAACUAUUUAUGAGAAGUGAAAAUAAACUUUAAAACACAUGAAUAGGUUCAUAUUGCACAUGCAUUUCUCCCACACGUAUGAGAGCACAUGAAGUAUAUACUGUAUGUUAAUAUGUAUGUACAGUAGUUGAUGAUGUUGCAGAAGAUACUGCUGUAUAGUACUGUAUGUAUGUGUCUGGUAACAUGGAGAGCACAGACUUAGUUCUUCCCAAUGACUCCAGUUCCUGUGCGGACACACACACUGUUACUGCAAGCAGUGUCCUUCCAGUUUUAAUCAGUUGUACUGUGUGUGUCUGUUUGUGUAUGUAUGUACAUAUGCUAUUUUAUUGAAAUGCUGUGUCAGAGAUGCCUGUUUCUUUUUUUAUGGUUCUAUUGGGCACAACCCAUACAGCCACUUACCGCUGAAAUCUUGAAUUGAAAGUGUCCAAUUAGCUGGCACAUUGCCUCUGUCUACCCAGGGUUCUCCCCAAAGAAUGUAAUAGAGGCGCUGUGCCACCUUGUGGACUAGCUGCGCCACUAUGUAAUAUUUAGUUUUUAAGUCAAAUAAAAAAAAACAUAGUUCUUUAUUUGUUAUCAUAUACGAUUUUUGGGGGGGUCUAGAUUGCAGUAAAUGGCAGUUACAGGUAUUAAAAAAUGCCAAAAUUCCUGGGGCGAACCCUGCUACCAUGAUAACAUUUAUGAUGCAUUAUCAAGGAAAAGAUACUGUGUAAAUGUGUGUAUUUGGUGUGGCACACAGAAACACUGAUGUGCACAUAUACAGUACCUCUGUACUGUAGAGAUGGCUCUGCAAUGUUUCUCCCCAGUUUACACCCUUGCUGCUUUCAUUACAAGAUGAGGGUUUAGUUGACGUUUUUCCUUCUCCGCUGUACAGUAGAUCUCAGAAGGCAGAACGAUGGAUUUGCUUCCCAGGUGCAAGGCCAACAUCUCUGGACAGCAGGGCUGUCCUAUGGUGUGUGUGAAUGUGUGUGCAAUAAUGUAAUAUGCACACUGUUUAAAAUGUGAGUGGUAAUCUGGUCCCUUUUAAAAAUGUAUGCCAACCUCUGUUGUGGGGUGUGUUCAGUUUGGCGUCUGAUGCUGCACACAGUGCAGAUGGCGGUCCUUAGUGGUAUAUGAGUGUGUGAGCCAUUAGUCCACAUCCAUUUAGGUUUGAUUUAUGGACACACAAGUGCCUUAGCCGGGAGACCAGAGGUAUAGAGCUGUGUGUGUGUGUGUGUGUGUGGAGCUGCCAGUAUUGCAGAGGGUUUGGUUGGAAGGGUAGGGUAGAUGCAUGAUGGGACACUCUGUGGCAAGACUUCCCUUUCGCUUUAGUAGAACAAUAGCCCUGCAUUUAGUCUCAGUUCUUUCAUUGUUGUUAUUUCUAGUAAUAGACUUAGAUGUGAAACAGGAAUCUGAAACCUGGUGUUCCUUUUUUUUUACCUUCUGGUACAUUCUUUGAUUUGAAGAGGAAAAAAACGGAAUCUCCUCUUCUCUUCCUUAUCACGUUCACAUGUCCAUCAGGGUUGCCGAGACGGGAUCUUGACUCCAAACUUGUUUGUGCCCUUUAAAUGUGGAAGAAGAUCAAAGUUCUAUCCAUGGGUGUUGUCACUAAAUAGAGACACCAUUGAAGCUGUUAAAAGAUACAAAAUGAGAAUCAGAAUGUCUUUUAUUUAUGUGUGUCUGUGAUCUUAUGUAUUGCACUUUUGGGAGAAACAGAAGUGAUACAGUGGAAUCAUCCGCAUUGUGUCAUACCGAUAGAUGAGUGUUCCUAUCACUAAUGGUUUAUGAAGCUUCUCAUAGGCUUAAAGUCAAACCAAUUUGGCAAAGAUCACAGUGAUAGGUUGCUUCACAGAUUUUUGUUAACGUUUAUCUUUUUUUAUAUUGAAGUAUGCAGUCAUUUUUUUGUACUGUAAUUUUGCUGUAGUUUGAAUGCAUAUUGCACUUUUUUUUAAACAUUUGUUAAAAUAAUGUACUGUAUCUGUUUAUGAAAUUAAAUGUUUUUUCAUGCUAUCACAGUA